CAUUCCUCCUUCUUCGUCGUUUCCAAACACCAAUCAAUGCCUUAAUAUCCUUUGCUCUGUUAACCUCUCUUUCCCCCUCCUCCUCCUUCUUCUUCCAAAACAUGUUUCAACCUCAUCUGCUUCCUCUAAUCACCUUCAUGUUCUGGUCAUGGCAGAUUCUUGAGGGCGUCGUUUCGGACCCCCAGAUCAAUUUUUUGACCAGAGGGUGCAACCCAUACAACGAAUACCUGGUGGCCAACGUCUCCCUCUUUGAAGCAAACAUCAACGCAACGCUGCGAGACAUCAGAGAGCAGAUCAGUGGUCAAAACAAGCACUUCGCCACCGCACAGCAAGCUGCCAGUGGUGGAAACACCGUCUCUAGUCUUUUUCAAUGUAGAAGCUAUCUCUCCAUCCCCGACUGCGUCGCCUGCUUCGACGUUGCUACCCCUCAAAUCCUCAGCUGUGCUGCCGGCGAACCAGGUGGCCGUGUUGUCUACGACGGAUGCUACCUCAGGUACGACAUUAGUGUCGCUUUCUUUGGUGCUACAACACAGUCUAUCAAUAGUGCAUCAUGCGGGAAUAAGACUACAACAGAAGAACCUGCUACUUCAUUUACCUCAGCUGUUCAACAAAUUCUAAUGAAUCUCCAAACAGCAACUCCCCGAAUCACUGGCUUCUCUGUAGCUACCAAGACACAAGUUCCUAAUAGUGGUCCAACUAUUUAUGCAUUUGCUCAGUGUACAGAAACUAUCACUCAGAGUGAGUGCCAGAACUGCUUGAAUGUUCUAGACAACAAUAUGCAGAGUUGUCUUCCCAAUUCAGAAGGUAGGGCUUUUGCUGAUGGCUGUUUCUUGAGAUAUUCCACAACCUCCUUCUUUGCUGAUAAUCAGACUAUUGAUAUCGCACCCUCCUUCAAGCAAGGUUCAAGCAAUAAUAAGGGAGCCAUUAUAGGGGGUGUUGUUGGAAGCGGAGUAGUUCUUGCUUUGAUCUUUGUUGCAUUGUACGUCUGGAUGAGACCACUAAAAAGGCCAACUAGGAGGGUUCCUAGAGGAGACGUUAUAGGAACAAGCAAGUUGAAAGGCCCAUCUAUUUAUAAUUAUAACGACCUGAAGACUGCAACCAAGAACUUCAGCGAAGAAAACAAGCUAGGACAAGGAGGAUUUGGUGUUGUGUAUAAGGGCACUUUGAAGAACGGAAAAGAAAUUGCAAUCAAGAAAUUAACAUUUCGUCAUUUCACGAGGAUGGAGGAGGAAUUUGAAAAUGAAGUGAAGCUUAUAAGCAAUGUUCAUCAUCGGAAUCUCGUUCGACUCCUGGGAUAUUGUAUUGAUGGCAAAACUAGAAUUCUUGUUUAUGAAUACAUGAAAAAUAGCAGUCUUGACAUAUUCUUAUUCGGUGAAAUGAAAGGCUCACUCAAUUGGAAGCAACGAUAUGAUAUAAUUUUAGGCAUUGCAAGGGGUCUAGCCUAUUUACAUGAGGAAUUCUAUGUUUGUAUCAUACAUAGAGAUGUAAAACCUAAUAACAUUCUCUUGGAUGAGGAUCUUCAACCUAAAAUUGCUGAUUUUGGGUUGGCAAGGCUUCUUCCUGAGGACAAAACUCAUCUCAGCACCAACUUCGCUGGAACAUUAGGAUAUUCAGCACCGGAGUAUGUAAUUCACGGCCAAUUAUCUGAGAAGGUUGAUGUUUAUAGUUAUGGUGUUGCGAUCUUGGAGAUUAUAAGUGGCCAAAAAAAUAAGAAACUAGGAGUUGAUGGUGAUAAUGAAGGCGAAUUCCUCCUCCGAAAAGUAAGAAAAUUCUUAUGGCUAAAUAGAAAGACAUAUUUCAAGGAAAAUUAGGA